UGUUUUUGUUGUUUUUAUUCGAAUUAUCAUCAUCUAAACAAAAUCAAAAAAAAAAUGGCUGAUUUAAGACCACCAGAAGUUGAAAAGGCUCGUCUUCAUUUUGAUAUCUAUGAUUUCGAAGGACAAGGAAAAGUUGAUAAUCAUCUUUUGGGUGACCUAUUGAGAUCAUUAGAUCUUCGACCUACACAGGAAAUGGUUGCAAAAAAUGGCUGGGAAAAGAAAAAAGGUCAAAAAUACAUGACAUUUGAAGAAUUUUUACCAAUCUAUAGCCAGGUAAAAAAAGAUAAAGAUUGUGGUGCAUACGAAGAUUUGGUUGAAGGUUUAAAAGUUUAUGAUAAAGCUGAAAAUGGUACAAUGAUGGAAGCUGAAUUGGCUCAUGUUUUAUUGUCAUUGGGUGAAAAAUUGGAUGAUUCGGAAGUAGAAGAAAUUAUUAAAACAUGUGCUGGUGGUUGUGAUGAUGAAGGAUUCAUUAAAUAUGAAACGUUCAUCAAAAAUGUUAUGGCAGGUCCGUUUCCAGAAGAAGCAGGAAAAUCAUAAAUUAUAAAUUAAUAACAUUAAUAAUAACAAUAAUAUCACAAUAUCCAAAAGACAGACACACCAACACCAAAAUCAAAAUCAAAUCAAAUCAAACUAAAAACAAAACAA